GCGCGACCGCAGGUUCACGUUCGCCAGUGCUGUCGAGGCGAGACUUUCGCGAGGUUCAGCCCGCACGGGCAUGGUGCAGUGAGUGAGUGAUGAUGCUUGGUGGAAUGGACGGUAAAGAGUACGGGGCGCUGCACGCGGCCGCCGCCGCCGCCGGGUACACCAUGGACUCCGAGGCGAACGGCGGCGCGAUGGGCGGCGGCGGCGUGGGCGGCAGCGCGGCGCAGUACGGCGAGGUGAACCAGCUGGGCGGCGUGUUCGUGAACGGGCGCCCGCUGCCCAACGCCGUGCGAUUGCGCAUCGUCGAGCUCGCGCAGCUCGGCAUCAGGCCGUGCGACAUCAGUCGGCAGCUGCGCGUGUCGCACGGCUGCGUCUCCAAGAUCCUGGCGCGCUACCACGAGACUGGCUCUAUCCUACCCGGUGCCAUCGGCGGCUCGAAGCCGCGUGUCACCACGCCCAAGGUCGUAUCAUACAUAAAACAGCUUAAAGCGAAAGACCCAGGCAUCUUUGCGUGGGAGAUCCGCGACCGGCUGUUGGCCGACGGUGUCUGCGACAAGUACAACGUGCCUUCCGUCUCCUCCAUCAGCCGAAUCCUGCGCAACAAGCUAGGCGGCGGGCAGCUCUACCCCGUGCCCCCGCUCUACCCAGUCCCCCCGCAGCGCUGUUGGCCGCUGCACCAGCCCUACGAUUAUUAUGUUUAUCUACAGGGCCGACAGCAUGCGACGGGCAACCCGCACGCGCUGCCACACCCGCACCAACAGCAUCCGCACCACGCGCACGCGCACGCUGCGCUCUGACCGCCACCGCACCCGCCGGCAUUACCUGCCGCCCUCCUCCCUGCCAAUCUGUGCAAUGUCACUUCAACGUCUACCUCCUGACGUCACGUAUGAGUGGCCACUAGCUACAGUUUGUACAAACGGUAUCGUUGUCAAAUUAAAUGGAAAAUUUACAAUUCGCUGCAGGCUGUUUCCCGCACGACAUGGAGUUACUACGGUACAAUUAACCAGACAUCAAGCGACUAAAUCGUGGAGGUUAACCUUUUAAGAGCCUUUUUUUUGAGGGGGUGAAAUCUUUGCGGAUACUC